AUUACUGUGUAAGUUGAAUAUCCGCUUUGAAAUGCACAGAAAUGACAGAAACCACGUGGAGAGAUUUACCCAUAACUUUGAGUGACGUGAUCUACCAGUCGCUCUCUGACGAGGGAUUUAUAUAUCCAACGCCCGUGCAGACGACAUGUAUCCCAUUAUUUUUGAGUAAUAAAGAUGUAGCAGCAGAGGCAGUGACAGGAAGUGGGAAAACACUAGCUUUCCUGGUGCCUGUACUGGAAAUCCUGAAAAAACGUGGUAGCUGGUCCAAAACAGAAAUAGGUGCCGUCAUAAUUACUCCAACAAGAGAACUUGCUACACAGAUUAAUGAGGUUCUGUCAAACUUUCUUAGAUUUAUCCCCGAUCUGACUUCAUGGUUACUGAUAGGAGGUGAAAAUCAUGUCAAAGAUGCAGAAAAAUUCAAGACUAACGGUGGAAAUAUCAUCAUUGCAACACCAGGAAAGUUUGAAGCUAUGCUGGAGAAACCUCAGCAUGGGUUGAAUUUGGCCUCCAAUGUCAGGUCUUUGGAAGUUUUGGUUCUAGAUGAAGCAGACCAACUUCUGGAUUUGGGAUUCCAAGCCAGCAUCAACACAAUACUGAGCUAUCUGCCUAAGCAGCGAAGAACUGGUUUAUUUUCUGCAACUCAAACUGAUGAACUGGAGAACCUUAUCAGGGCAGGACUAAGAAACCCAGUACGUGUUAAUGUAAAAGAAAAGAAAGAAGACGAUGGCAAGAUUGAACAAAGAACACCAUCAACAUUACAGAAUUUUUAUAUGAUCAUAGAAAGUGAUGAAAAAUUUAAUCAGAUGAUGAAUUUCAUUCAAGGAAGAAAGAGUGAAAAAAUAAUGAUUUUCUUCAGCACAUGUGCAGAUGUGGAUUACUUCUACAAAGUAUUGCAAGUUUUAUUGAAAAACACACAGGUUUUAUGCCUACAUGGAAAAAUGAAAAAGAAGAGAAACAAGAUUUUUACCCGAUUCAGAACUUUGGAAUGUGGAAUACUCGUGUGUAGUGAUGUGAUGGCUAGAGGAAUAGACAUUCCAGAGGUUAACUGGGUUUUACAGUACAACCCGCCAAAGUCAGCCAACUUCUUCGUUCAUCGAUGUGGGCGAACAGCCAGAAUCGGCAACACAGGAAAUGCUCUGGUGUUUCUCCUUCCUGCUGAGGACACCUACAUCAAUUUCUUGAAAAUCAAUCAGAAAGUUCUUCUACAGAAAUUGGAUCCAUGUGACAGUGUUAAUAAUUACUUACCAAAACUACGAAAAUUUGCUCUUAAAGACAGAGCACUAGUGGAAAAGGGAGCCAGGGCAUAUGUGUCCUUUGUGCAAUUUUAUGCAAAACAUGAAUGUGGCCUUAUUUUUAGAAUCAAGGACUUGGAUUUUGGUAAACUCGCUACAGGAUAUGGACUUUUACGAAUUCCUAAGAUGCCAGAAGUGAAAGGGAAAGAUGUCUCGAGCUUUGUCCCAGUGGAGGCCGACUUUGAUAAGAUUGCUUACAAAGACAAAAACAGAGAGAAACAAAGACAGAUCAAGAUCCAGUCGGAUGAACCCAAGUCAUCCAAAUUCCGACGGCCACCCAGAUCCCAGCCCUGGUCCAAACAGAAGGAUAGAAAGGACCGCAAAAAAAAGAGGAAGGAGCAGAAAGAAAGCUCAAAGAAAAGGAAAGCUGAAGAGUUGGAAGAGGAGGAGGAAGAGGAUUUUCAGGAUGAUCUUAAACUUAUGAAGAAACUUAAGAAAGGAAAGAUUUCAAAGGAGGAGUUUGACAACCAGUUUGCGCCAUCAGAUGAUGAUGAUGAAGACUGAAUUUUACACUCAUAAUUCACAUUUUAUUGCUCUUUCAAUUCUUGUAGUUUUAUACAUGAACUAUGUUUUGUGAAUGACACUCUAAAACUAGUAUGUGUAGUGAAGACAGUUUUUCAUUGUCUAGUAUGUAAUCAAACAUUGUAUUCUCUCUUGUGUCAAGAAAGUUUUCAUACAGACAUAUACUGAAAAUUUCGCUUGUUUAUGAAUAACAUUUCAAAUGUUAGCUGGAUUUGAAAUGUAGACUUAAAAGUCUAUUCUCAGUUUAUGGUCUUGAGGCCAGGUCUGUCGCAGUCGGGAUUAUGACAAAUUUUGGGGUCAUGAGGUCAAAGUUCAGAACAAACCUUCAAUCUCUGAACUAUGCUUCCAUUGCGACAUGGUAAAAUAAAAAGUUUUCAACAUUAUACCUUUCAUAUUUGAUAUAAAGGAAGUUGUUAAUUAAAGAAUUACACCUGAAGUUUUGUUUAUUUGGUUGUGACACAAGCCUUCAACAUAAAGCUUUCAUAUUCUAUAGAAAGGUCAUUGUUUUGGAGUCAUAAAGUCAAGGUUACAACAUACCUACACUAUGCUUUUAUUGUCACACGAGAUGUUAAAGUUAUCAAUAUACAUCUUUCAUACAAAGGUAGUUGAUGAAGAAAAGAUAUCUAUAGUUUUUUUGGUCACAAGGUCAAAGAUCAAGGUGUCAGCAGACCUUUAAAAUAAACUUUAUUACAAUUUCAUGGUGAUGUUUUCAAUAAUGCUGUCAACAUUUCAUAUAAAGGUAGUUUUUAUUAGAAGGUUAUGGGCACCUGUCUGUCUGUAUGUUUGUCCAUCAUCAUUUUCAUUGUGACUUAGAAGUUUUCAGAGAAAAACUUUCUUACUAAGCAAAAUAAAAUAUAUGUGCACUUCUUA